AUUGACUGGCUCUGGACAGAUAGCAGAGCAAAAGGUGGGAUGAAAUUCACUUGCUUAUCGCCGGCAUUGUCUAUAGCUUGCGAUAAGAUAAAUUGGUUGUUGGCAAGCUUGUCCGCUUUCACGUGACACAGUGGAAAAGUCAGUAGACGUGAGUUUACUUACUUACUUGCUUACUUAUCCGGCGCAACAAUCCUCGAUACCGGUCACAGUUUAGCGCCAUCGGAUGCCAAUCGAUUAUCCUGGCCGUGCUGGCGGGUCGCAUCAACGCCAUUACUCCAUUUGGGCCUACCAUGACUGCCCCCGAUAGACGGUACGGGCUGAGUGGCCUAGCGUCAUUCUCAUGACAUGAUCAGCCCACCGCAGCCUGGCGAGUAUAAUUCGCUGCACGACCGUGAGAUCACCGACCAGCUCUUAUUUAGAGAGGCUUUGGGUCUUUGAGACCUCAUUCGCUUCUUUCCUGUCUAUUGUUACAUAUGUGUGGGAAAACUAGUGUGUGUGUAUAGGCUUAACUAUCUCGAAGAUCGAAUUUAUAUCUCUCUGCACAGGUUGCUGAUGGGUAGAAAUCGGAUGAGGCGAUAGUAUGAUGGCUAGGUCGAUAUCAAGUGGGCAGGUGGCUCGGUGCGUAGUGUAUCCAUGACAAUCGGUGAGGAUGUGGCGGACGGUACAUGUCGACGCCACACAGAAGCUGUACAUGGAGGACUGGAUCUGUCAGGAGAAGGUAGGAGUGUGUCAGGCGGGUGUGACCAAUGCGAAAGGACUCGUUGGAGGUGACUGCAGUCGGGAUCUAGGUUGUGCCAGGUGCUGUUCCAGUGUUGAGCGACUAUUGCAUUAGUGAAGCGGAUGGCGUCUUAGCGACGCGGAAGAGUGCUGUGUGGUUCAGGUUGAACGGAGCCGACCUUCGUUGGCCAGAGAAGCCGUAUUCGAGGGCGGUGUCGAACUCUGGCGCUGUCGGGUAAAGAUGACGUUCGGAAUGUCGGGCUGAAGUCCUCCGAAAGAGAGAUUUGUGGUUAGGGAGCUUGAUGGCGCAGUUGUCGAAGCUGGAAUGGAUCCCACAGUAGACCACCAGUCUGUGUAGAUGUGGUGAUGGUCCGGCUGGUAUUUGGUCCGGAUCAGGUACAGGUGAAGGUUCCCCGGAUUGAUUCACUUAAAGUUGAAGUUUGUGCCGUUUCUUUCCUGCUGCCGUUGCAUACUGCUGACCUAACGUAACCGGUUUUUCGGCCCGGCAAAUGCCAGCGGUUGACAAACCAUCAACACAACAGUGCUUGAACCAAUUGCUUCCUAAGUGUCCCCACUGGACGGCAAUCGCUGGUUCGAUUGGCACAGAUAUCUACCAAGCAGGCACCCAACGUAUUUUGGUCGUUGUCCAAUAUGCCGCGCCCUUAUCAGUCCCCGCGGUUGCUGUUGGUUUGGAGAGGUGGUAGAUUAUUGAUUGCGCACAGUUCCACUUUUAGUUGGCGCGAGUUGAGCCGUGGUUUUCUCUUUAAUUCUCUCGUGCUCUCUCUCGCUCUCUCUCACUCUCUUUGUCUCUUUGUGUGUUGCUCUGAUUGCUGCACGGCAUAGUAACAGCUGACGAGCUCGCGGCAAUCGAGGGCACGGCUUUAGUUAGGUCUCGUCUACGUCCCGCUGGUGCUCGUUCUCGUCCACACACGCGCGCGCAAGUUAAUCCCAAAAAAUCGCACUAACGCACCACAGGAUGCCCACAACCAAGUUCUUUCAAUCGACGAGAAAAAUCAUCGGAGCAGGCGUCAACUACAAGUAAGUUCCAUCGUUACACAGCUUCAUUGAUCGUAUCGCCAACAGAAAACUGGGGUCGCCCUGGUUUGUUAGUGUUUUCUUAACGUAAGAUCGGAAUAAAUUCGGAAUAAAAAUCACCGUCCACACAUUUGCUGGAAUUAACCGGAUGGUUAAAACUGGAGAACGACCCUCUUCAUUUAACUUAAAACGGACGGAAGGAAUUAACUACUUAACAAGAGAAAUUUUGCGCCUCACGAACGCCGCCAAACCGGACGCGCCCGUCAUCUUCUUCAAGCCCAUCUCGUCCCUGUUGGAUGCCGCCGAUGCCAGUGCUCCGCCGGCCAUUCGCAUACCGCGCGUCUUCGGUGGCGUGAUCAACUUUGAGGCCGAGCUGGGCGUCAUCAUCGGGCGGCGGUGUGCGAAUGUAACCGCCGACCAGGCAGCGGCCUACAUCGGCGGCUACUGCCUAGCGCUCGAUAUGACCGGUAUGGACUUUAUACUGGACGCUCGGCCCAAAGGUUUGCCCUGGUGUCUCGGCAAGGGCUUCGACACGUCCACACCGGUCAGCCGGGUGGUGAGCCGUGCCGAACUUCCCCACCCGGACGAUGUGCGCGUCUGGUGCGAUGUGAACGGUGUGCGGAAGCAGGACGACAGUACGCGCAAUCUCAUCUUCCCGAUUGCGGAGCUGAUCGCGUACGUGUCGCGCUACAUGACGCUGGAGGAGAACGAUUUGCUGCUGACCGGUACACCGGCCGGUGCGGGACCGGUACGCCACGGGGACGUGAUCGAGUGCGGGCUGGGGGAGGGUUUGGUGACGAUGCGUUGCACCGUGGCGGACGACGAGUAGGGUAACAAUGGCGAUGCAGGUUUUGUUCCAAUAAAUUCGCCCGAUGGUAGUGGGUGGCUGCAACUUAAA